AUGAACACAGAAGUUGAAAAGUUGCGUGAAAAAGUUUCUCGAGAGACUACUAAAAUUAUAAAAUUGAAGGUGGCGCAAGACACGGCCUAUUGGGAUUUAAAGGAGAAGCUGCAGCAGGUCGAGAACAACCAUGAACGUCUACAACAGAACAUGGUGGAAGUGCAGAUGCAACACGAGGCCAUCUCCGGGCAGUACCAGGAUGAACUUCGUCUUCGCCCGGAGACACUUAAUAAGUUAUAUUCAUUUGCUUUG